AAAUCUCUGCCCUCAAUCUUCUUAUUAAUUGCGAAAAGAGCCCCGCUUCCUUCCAUCAAAGCUGUCUCUCUCUCUCUCUCUCUCUCUCUCUCUCUCCUUCUUGCUGGAGAAAAAAUCCCUAAAAAAAAGAGGAGAAAUCAAGCACUCGAUCUUUCGAGAACGGAAGCCAUGCAUCAACAUCCAAUAGCUCAAGGCGGACAGCAGACUUGAAAGAACUAGAGAGAAAAUGGGUGGCUGCUGCUGCUGUCUUCCCAGAAGACCACAAUUGAAUGAGGCACCAGUAUGCUACUAUUGUCCACAAGAUUUAGAAGAGCAUGGUUCCUUGUCAUCUGGCCAUGCUACUACAUCUCCACUUUCGACGGGACUCCUGGUUGAUACAAAUUUGGAAACGUCAAUUCCGGACACCUACCGUGCACCUCCUGCACCGUUGCCGUAUGAUGUGGAUUUGGUGGGCCCACAAACUUCGUCCAGGAGUCUAGAAAUUAGUGGCGACAAGAUCAAUCCAGAGCAGGUUGCAGAUUCACAGCCUGCUGGAGAAACAGUCACUGACAAAAAUGUGGUUUUAUGUGAAGAUCUGAAGGGUUCAGGUAUUAAGAAUCAAACAGAUGAUGUACCUGGCUCCCUGAAGUCAUCUGAAAUUGAAGCUUCAAAGUCAAUUGAACCUGUUGGUUCAGAGAUAAAGGAGGAGGAUGCUUGCCCUACUUGUUUUGAAGAAUACGAUACGGAGAACCCAAGAAUUAUCACAAAAUGUGGCCAUCAUUUUCAUCUAUCGUGCAUUCUUGAAUGGAUGGAAAGAAGUGAUACAUGCCCUAUAUGUGAUCAGGAAAUGGUAUUCAAUAGUAGUUUUGAUCAAUAGCGGUGGAUGAUCCGUGCGCCAGGGGAGAAAGAUAGUGUGGUCAGCAGUAUGAAAUGGAGCUGGCCAAACGAGUGAAGGGAUACAAUGCACAUUUUCUUCUUUAGAAUUUGUCAUGGCCCACCAGAUUUUGCCACAAUCUGAUCUAGUUGUUUGUAGGGCGACUUUUGUUUCUCUGAUUGUCGAUGUCUUUGUGGUUUGUCUUU